AUGGAUUCCAAAGAUGUCAAAAAUUUGAGUGGUAUGGAUAUGGGGUUUACGCAGGUUUGUUUAUGGACGCUACUAGCCUUCGCGAUGACUUGGACAACAAUCUACGUCACCAACAUGAGGAAGAAGGCGGCGAAGUUGGAGGAUGUGGUAGCGGAGGAAAGAAGAGACGGUGGUGCUGACGUCAUCAUCGUCGGAGCUGGUGUUGGCGGCUCAGCUCUCGCCUACGCUCUUGCUAAGGACGGGCGUCAAGUACAUGUGAUAGAGAGGGACAUGAGACAACCAGAGAGAAUGAUGGGUGAGUUUAUGCAACCUGGAGGACGGCUCUUGCUUUCUAAGCUUGGCCUUGAAGAUUGUUUGAAGGGUAUAGAUGCACAGAUAGCCACCGGCGUAGCACUUUAUAAGGACGGAAAAGAAGCAGUCGCAUCUUUUCCGGUGGAGAACAACAACUUUCCUUAUGAACCUUCUGCUCGAUCUUUUCAUAACGGCCGUUUUGUCCAGAGACUGCGCCAAAUGGCCUCUUCUCUCCCCAAUGUACGACUUGAAGAAGGAACGGUGAAGUCUUUGAUAGAAGAAAAGGGAGUAGUCAAAGGCGUUACAUACAAGAAUAGUUCAGGCGAAGAAACAACUGCCUUUGCGCCUCUUACCGUGGUAUGCGACGGUUGCUACUCAAACCUUCGUCGGUCUCUUAACGACAGCACCGCGGAGGUUCUGUCGUACCAAGUCGGUUACAUCUCAAAGAAUUGUAAGCUUGAAGAUACCGGAAGGUUACAGUUGAUAAUGUCUAAACCCUCUUUUACCAUGUUGUAUCAAAUUAGUAGCACCGACGUUCGUUGUGUUACGGAGAUUUUCCCUGGCAAUAUUCCUUCUAAUGCAGAUGGUGAAAUGGCUAAUUUUUUUAGAAAUACUAUGGCUCCUCAGGUACCUGCAAAACUCCGCAAAAUAUUUCUGAAAGGGAUCGAUGAGGGAGCACAAAUAAAAACGAUGCCAACAAAGAGAAUGUCAGCUACAUUGAGCGAGAAGAAAGGAGUGAUUGUGUUGGGAGAUGCAUUCAACAUGCGUCAUCCAGCAAUCGCUUCUGGAAUGAUGGUUUUAUUGUCUGACAUUCUCAUUCUACGCGGCCUUCUCCAGCCAUUGUCCAACCUCGGUGAUACAAAGAAAAUAUCAGAAGUUAUUAAGUCAUUCUAUGUUAUUCGAAAACCAAUGUCGGCGACGGUGAACACACUUGGGAAUGCAUUUUCGCAAGUGCUAAUUGCAUCGACGGACGAAGCUAAAGAAGCAAUGCGACAGGGAUGCUACGAUUACCUCUCUAGUGGUGGUUUUCGUACGUCGGGAUUGAUGGCUCUGCUCGGCGGCAUGAACCCUAGACCACUCUCUCUCAUCUUUCAUCUCUGCGCUAUUACUCUAUCCUCCAUUGGUCAACUUCUCUCUCCUUUUCCUUCUCCUCUUCGUAUUUGGCAUAGCCUCAGGCUUUUUGUUUUGUCUUUUAAGAUGUUGGUUCCUCAUCUCAAGGCGGAAGGGGACGGGCGUCAAGUACAUGUGAUAGAGAGGGACAUGAGACAACCAGAGAGAAUGAUGGGUGAGUUUAUGCAACCUGGAGGACGACUCUUGCUUUCUAAGCUUGGCCUUGAAGAUUGCUUGGAGGGAAUAGAUGCACAGAUAGCCACCGGCUUAGCAGUUUAUAAGGACGGAAAAGAAACAGAAGCAUCUUUUCCGGUGGAGGACAACAACAACUUUCCUUACGAACCAAAUGGUCGAAGUUUUCAUAAUGGCCGUUUUGUCCAGAGGCUGCGCCAAAAGGCCUCUUCUCUCCCUAAGCGGAGGUUGUGUCGUACCAAGUUGAAUUGCCAGCUUGAAGAUCCCGAAAGUUUAAAGUUAAUAAUGGCUAAACCAUCCUACGUUAUGUUGUAUCAAAUCAGCAGCACCGAUGUUCGUUGUGUUAUGGAGAUUUUCCCCGGCAAUAUUCCUUCUAUUGCCAAUGGUGAAAUGGUUGAUUAUUUGAAAAAUACUAUGGCUCCUCAGGUACCUUCAAAAUUCCGAAAAAUAUUUCUGAAAGGAAUCGACGAGGGAGCACAAAUAAAAACGAUGGCGGCAAAGAGAAUGGAAGCUGCUUUGAGCGAGAAGAAAGGAGUGAUUGUGUUGGGAGAUGCAUUCAACAUGCGCCAUCCAGCAGUCGCUUCUGGAAUGAUGGUUUUACUGUCUGACAUUCUCAUUCUACGCGGCCUUCUCCAGCCAUUGGCAAACCUCGGUGAUGCAAACAAAGUCUCAGAAGUUAUUAAGUCAUUUUAUGUUAUCAGAAAGCCAAUGUCGGCGACGGUGAACACACUAGGGAAUGCAUUUUCUCAAGUGCUAAUUGCAUCGACGGACGAAGCAAAAGAAGCAAUGCGACAGGGAUGCUACGAUUACCUCUCUAGUGGUGGUUUUCGUACGUCUGGAUUGAUGGCUGUGCUCGGCGGCAUGAACCCUAGACCACUCUCUCUCAUCUUUCAUCUCUGCGCUAUUACGCUAUCCUCCAUUGGUCAACUUCUCUCUCCUUUUCCCUCUCCUCUUCGCAUUUGGCAUAGCCUCAGACUUUUUGGUGAGAUGGCUUUGCCGCACUUUUGGUUAUGGACGAUGCUAGUCGCCUUUGUGCUGAUGUGGACGGUUUUCCACGUAAGCAACAAAAGGAAAACGAUGUCGAAGUUGAAGUUGGAAGACCCCUCGAGACAGGAGAGAAGAGACGGUUAUGUUGACGUCAUCAUUGUCGGAGCUGGUGUUGGUGGCUCAGCUCUCGCCUAUGCUCUUGCUAAGGACGGACGUCGAGUGCAUGUGAUAGAGAGGGACAUGAGAGAACCAGAGAGGAUGAUGGGUGAGGUUAUGCAGCCAGGAGGACGCUUCAUGCUUGCUAAACUUGGUCUUCAAGAUUGUCUGGAGGGUAUAGAUGCUCAAAAAGCAACGGGCUUGGCAGUUUAUAAGGAUGGAAAAGAAGGGGUCUUACCUUUUCCGGUGGAAAACAAUAACUUCCCAUAUGAACCGUGUGCUCGAUCUUUUCACAAUGGCCGGUUCGUCCAACGACUGCGCCAAAAGGCUUCUUCUCUUCCCAAUGUGCACGUGGAAGAAGGGACCGUGAAGUCUUUUAUAGAAGAAAACGGAGUGAUAAAAGGUGUGAUAUAUAAGAACAACACAUGCCAAGAAACAACGGCUUUUGCACCUCUCGCUGUAGUCUGCGACGGUUGCUAUUCAAACCUCCGUAGGUCUCUCGUCGAUAGUACCGAAGAAGUGCACACGUACAUGGUGGGUUACAUCACGAGGAAUAGUCGACUGUAUGAUCCACAAAGUCUACAUCUAAUUCUUUCUAGACCUAUUGUCUGCGUUAUGUAUCAAAUAAGUAGCGAUGAGGUUCGUUGUAUUGCCGAGAUCCCUGCCGAUAGUGUUCCUUCUAUCGCAAACGGUGAUAUGUCUACCUUCCUCAAGAAAAGUAUGGCUCCUCAGUUACCUGUAAAACUCCGUGAAAUAUUCAUAAAAGGGAUCAAUGAUGGAGAAAGGAUGAAAGUGGUGGCAACUAAGAGCAUGUCAGCUAUGUCGAGUGAGAAGAAAGGAGUGAUAGUGUUAGGAGAUGCCUUCAACAUGCGUCAUCCAAUAAUCGCGUCCGGGAUGAUGGUUGUAUUGUCCGACGUUCUUAUUCUACGUCAUCUUCUCAAGCCAUUAGGCAACCUUGCAAAUGUUACUGAAGUCUCUGAAGUCAUCAAGUCCUUCAAUGAUAUUCGAAAGCCAAUGUCAGCGACGGCGAACACACUAGGGAGUGCAUUUUCUCAAGUGUUGGUUGCAUCAAAGGACGAAGCAAAAGAGGCGAUGCGACAAGGCUGCUACGAUUACCUCUGUAGUGGCGGCUUUCGCACGUCAGGAAUAAUGGCACUUCUCGGUGGUAUGAACCCAAGGCCGCUCUCUCUUCUUCUCCAUCUUUUUGCCAUCACCAUUUCCUCCAUUGCACAUGUACUCUCUCCAUUUCCGACUCCUCUUCGCGUUUGGCACAGUCUCAGGCUUUUUGUGUCGGCUAUGAAGAUGUUGGGUCACCAUCUCAAGGUUGAAGGAGUGAGGCAAAUGUUAUCUCCAGCAAACGCAGCCACGUAUCACAAACGCUAUAUGGCUGCAACCGCUCUCUAAUUAAACGUUGAUGUUUCGUACCAAUCCAAUUUGUCGGAGGGGAGUACGUAGAAGGAAGACAAGUAUCAUUCACAAUUACAAGGUUUUCUUUACUUGAUAAGCUUCACAAUUACAAGGUUACUGAAUGAUGCGCGUACGAAUAAUAUAUGUACUUUACUUGAUCGCUUUGUUUAGAUUUUUGUUCAAUUUUCAAACGUGUUUGUUACGAAAGUAACUAUAUAUUGGGAAGAACUUGUCGAUAUCUUUUUUUUUUUUUAAGGAGAACUUGUCGAUAUCUUGUGGCCGCAAAAAAAAGUAAUUGUAGUGAUAAUCGAG